CCAAUUACGUACGUUUUCUCGAAAAGCGCCGUUCACGUUGCGCGCAUCUCGUAGCCCCUUCGUUAAUGGCGUCAGCCUCCGAGAUGUGCUCGGCUUUAGAAAAAUGAAGCGCAGAAGAACUUAUCUCUUGUAAUAAAACGCGGGGUUUCCAUUCGCGGACUUUGCGUCUCCAGUUCUCGGUGGUUCAACUUCCGAUCUCAGUCGUGACGCUCAACCCGAGCCCAGAGAUGAUGAAGCUCAAGUCGAACCAGACUCGCACGUAUGAUGGAGACGGGUUCAAGAAGCGGGCCGCCUGCCUGUGCUUCAGGAGCGACACCGAGGAGGAGGUGUUAUUGGUGAGUAGCAGCAGACAUCCAGAUAAAUGGAUCGUACCUGGAGGUGGAAUGGAGCCUGAGGAAGAGCCCAACAUUGCUGCAGCCCGAGAAGUUUGUGAAGAGGCUGGAGUCAAGGGCACUUUAGGAAGACUUGUAGGAAUAUUUGAGAAUCGAGAUAGGAAACACAGAACGUAUGUCUACGUUCUCAUCGUAACCGAAGUUCUGGAAGAUUGGGAAGAUUCAGUAAAUAUUGGGAGAAAAAGGGAAUGGUUUAAAAUUGACGAUGCCAUACAAGUGUUGCAGUGUCACAAGCCAGUGCAGGCCACCUACUUCAAGGCUCUUCAUGAAGGUUGUCUGAACAGUAAUGGGGCACCUCUAGUGGCCACGAUAGGCGGAGACCUGUCGUCCACCUACAGCAUUAAUCAGAGCUCCGUCUCUGAUAUCAGAUAACUAAUGCAAAACAGCGACACUCCGGAUGUUUCCGUCGCCGCUCUCGCUCUUAUUCUGAUUCUUUUUUCUUAAUUGUCAGGAAAGUGGCACAAAAGUCACAAGUGUUGGUUGAUUAUUCAAAAUGAUGUUUUGUAAAUGUUAUCUUUCCACUAUCUCCUGUUUAAUUUUUGUUUUAUGCGGACUGUUGCAUGAAACCCACGACCCACGUACUUUUAGUGCCCUCUAUGCGGCCCAAGUGUGAGAUUAAACGAAUGCAAGAACUACUUUUUACUGUUGUGAUGUAAAAAUAUACACAUGGUGCGUUAGCAUGUGGCUUUCAGUAUUUUUACACAUUAAUUUUCCUCUGCGUGUGUAUGUGUGUGCGAGCGCUAUUUGUUUUUGUUAACGAAUGCGUUUAUAAGAGAAUAUGAAUGCGUGGAACUGUGAGAUGUUAUUAGUUUUGCAUGAGCGAUGGUAUUUAUUUGUCCUAUGAGUUUGUGUGAUGCGAUGAAUGGUUAACUUGUACUUCAUGUUAAAUGGGUGUUCUGAACUUCUUGUAAAUAUCGUAUAGGCCUCCGAAAACACAUAGGGUUUAAGUUAAACAACUACCUGAUUAGACUGGAGCGUAAUUGUACGAUUUCACACUUUUUGAUCUAGAAUUUUUCCACAGCUAAUGUUUGACAGACUAUGUGUUUAUUGUAAAAUCUGAAAUCAAUCCCAGACGCUAUGAUAUGAUUUGGUGUCGGAAAGAUUCGGCAGGUUUUCCGACUUUAUGCUGCUUUCUGUAGUACUUUUUUUAUCUUUUUUUUUUAAGUCAACAUGAAAUCAAAAUUGACCCUAGAUAUUUUCUUAAAUGAAUGUUCUGGGUUCAAUACAAGCUAAGCUUAAUCAACCGCAUUUGCGGCAUGGGUAUUACCAGAAAAAAAAUCAUUUUGACUCGGACAUUGAGAGCAAAAGUCUGGCUUAGAGUGGAGCACUUACAAUGACGUGAAUGGGCUCAGUUUAUAAACCUUUAAAUACUCAGUAUUUCAAAAGAAUAGCCACAAGACAGUUCACGUGUUAAUAUGAUUUUAGUGAUAAAAUUGCUUACUAAGCUUAUCCGUUUAAAAUGAUAUCCAAUAUUACAACUUCUUUGUCAAAGCGAUGUAACACAUGUAACCCUGUCAUCCUGAUAAGUGAUUUUAUCACACUAAAAUCAUUUGAAUACAUAUAAUGUUUACAUCUUGUGGCUAUACUUUUGAAACUGAGUAUUUUAGUGUUUAUAGAUUGGCCCCAUUCGCAGUUGUAGCAUUUCUUAAAUCUGACCAAUAGUUAAUGCAGUCAUUUAAUGCAGUAGUGUUGAUGUCAAACGGUUUGUCAAUAAUAGCAAAUAACAAAAGAUUUGAAAGUCAAAUUAAUUCCUGACGGAUAAAGUCCCGCUCUCCUUUUUAUCUCACGUUUGAAUAUCCUGUUUCACUUGUCCAUGCAUCACACUACAGAAGUAAAACGGUUUGUGAACACAAAUGGGUUGUUUCACAUUGACUUUCAUUUUGGCUAUAUUACCAUAUGGGACGACUAGAAAAUGAAGCAUAGUUCAGGACAAAAGAGUGAUUUUAAUAGAGAUUGAGACUGAAUAGUAGGGCUGAAGCGAUUAGCCGAUGUUAUCGACAACGUCGACAAUAAAAAUGUCCGUGGUCGAAUAGUCGUUUGAUCUCAUUUAACGUAACAUGAGAUCACAUUAAACUCUAAUAAUUGCACACGAGAGCAGCACUGCAGUUCUGAUUGAGGAGAGGAAGAUAACACAUCUCACAGUCCAGAUGCACUCUAAACUUUCCAAACAGCUUCAGCUGAUGUAGAUCGCAAAGUAUGAGGGAAUAAUAAUGCAAAAAUGUGAAAUAAGUAAAUACAGAAGCACUCUCAUUGUGGAAUAAUUGGAGCUGGAGCUGCCGCUCCGUUAAAGCAAAACUUGCAUAUCGGAGCGUCUUUAAAGGAAACACCCCGGUGUUACAUCUUUAAUGCAGUUAUAUUUAAUGCAUUAUAGCUUUAUUAAGGUUCAAAUAAUGCAGAAGCAGAUCAUGUAAAUAACUACAACCUCCGAAACUGGCAUUUCUCUGUGCGGUCAGCACCUCUUUUAUGAGUUGCGCGAAUGUCCUGAUCUAAGGGGGAGAGAUUGAAACUGCACCCGGCUGAUGCACACUCUGUCACGGGCGUGCACAUCCUUUGUUCGAGGCAGAAGCUGAAUGGUCGGUUAAGAACGAAUGAUUCAUCAUUGCAAUAAUCGGCUGAAUAUUCUAAUAAUCGUUCUAAUAAUCGUUAGAUUAAUCGAUUAUCAAAAUAAUUGUCAGAUGCAGCCCUACUGAAUAGUAUAUAAUUUUUUUGUUUGAUGCAAUGUGCAUUUACAAAACGGUCCCUAGUCUGCACUAGCUGCUUACCAGUCAGUUUUUGCAAAUCCUUUUGAUGAUAGUAUCUUUAGAAGACCCCCAAAGUUUAGUUAUUUGAACCUCCCAGUGACUCGACAUCCUCAUCCACGCUAUCAUUGCUUUACAUUAACAACUGGGAGGUUUCAGUCAGCAUGCACAAUUGAAUUCAAGGGCAAGCCUUGAAACAUUUUGUUUUAGCCUAAAAACGUUCAAACAUCUUUUCUUUCGAAAUGUCAAGUACUUCUUCAAAGCCAAACUGCGUGCUUCGUAAACCUUUUGGAAAGCAGCGGUUGGCGCAAUACUGUGAAUUUUGAGCUCUGUAGUUAGCACGAUGUUUUGGUGUCUUUAUUUCUCUUGUACAGAUCAAAGACAAAACUUCAAAGUCGAGCGCUUGUUGUUAUGAUGUAUAGAUAUGGUACACUUCAGAUUGUGGACUGGAACUGCUGAGGGUUAGGCUUAUUUACUCGACUAAACGGCAUUGUUUUUGCUCGUCUUGGGAGUUUUAAGUGCAUUUAUGAUAAAGCACACGUCAUUCAACAUUUCAUUAAAAGUUUUUAUUGUUAAUCUGACUGCUAAAUGAGUAAUGAUAACCUGAAAAUCUAAAGAGUAAAUGAACAGACUUGCAUCAGUGAUUUAUAAAGUUUACAUGCCUGUGAUUCAUUUCUAUUAACACUGUCAUGGAUUUUGCUGUUGAUUGCAGUUUAAUAUCUUCCCUUCUACUUCUAGUGUAGCAUGCAAUACCUAUCAACAUCUUGUGAUUGGUAUUUGUGAUGAUGGCCAUUCUGUUUUUAAUAUUUUUAAUGUAUAGAAAGUGGAAGUGGCUGCACCAACAUGUGGUCCCAACCACAAGAAUAUAGCACACAUAUAAUAUUGAAUGGUCUUCUUCGAGCAUGGAGUCAAGUUCCUUCUAGAAAACAAGGAUGUGAAAUCUAAUCUGCUGCAUUUGAAGUAUAGAGUUGAUCAUGUGGAACUCAUUUCUGGCAAAUGUCUCAUAGAUAGAGCACCUUAAAUGUGCCCUGUUUUUAAGGGUUAGACUAUGAAUGUACAUUUUAAAAGGUUUUAUCUUUCUUUUGCCACAUAAAUUACAAAACAAUUGCCCAGGUAUAGUUUUUUAUAAAAUGCAAUUGGUUCAGAUGGGAUGUUGGAACUAUGACUGAAAUCAAUGUACUCUACCAACACUCCCAUCAAAAGCUGUGACCCUUUCGGUUUCAACACAUGUACCCUUCACUGGAAUUUGUUGCUUUUUCAUUUUGGGAUUGUGAAAUCAACCAGUUUGAGAAUGUAAUAUAAAUGUGCCAACUAAUAAACACCAGUAUUUCA